AUGGACCCCGGCUACCUUUCCCAGCAGGUCAACACCAUUAUUGGCCAAUUGCACGGCCUCUUCGACGAGAUCGGCGUCCCUAGCCAUGACCGUGAGUCCAGAGAGGCAGAGCUGUUCGCAGCCCUGUCCGAGGCCCUGAACAACCAGGUGCGCCUUGUGAGCCAAGAGAAGAAACAGAUCAUCUCUGAGGCCCAGGACAUGAUCACCACCAUCCGCCAGAUGGAAGCCUCCAUGGAGGAUCCCAGGCACCGCGGCUCCUCCCAGGGCCACGAUGACGGCCUGGACAUCUCUUACCCCUUGAACAGGUGCCUACAGGCCUUGAAGGAGAAACACGCCCAGGUUAGCAGGGUGCACAAAGAGCGAUUCGCACAGGUAAAGAAGCUUGUUCAAGCACUUGAAUCCUACUCGUCACAUCUCGAGCCCAGCUUUGUCAAGCUUGCCCUCCCUCCCACUGGGCCAAACCAGUCUAUCCCACCCACUUUCGAUCUCUCGCCCUCGUACGUCGAUAAACUCGACACCGAGUUCACCAGGGUCUACGAAGAGUACACAAGGCGGAUCUCAACGGUCCAGUCCCUCUCAGAGAACAUCAUCCAGCUCUGGGCAGAACUCGGCACCCCUCAGGCACAGACGGACGGCGCCAUUGUAAAGUACUACCGCGACGCCCCCGAGCAGCUCGGUCUCCACGAGGAGGAUAUUGCGCGACUUCGUGCCAGGCUGGACAAGCUCGACAGUGAGAAGAAGAACAGGGAGAAGCGUCUGCGUGACCUGAGGGAAGCCGUUGAGGCCCUGUGGGAAAAGCUGGGCGUUGACGAGGCCGAGCGCAAGGCGUUCCUUAAUUCCAACCGUGGCUGUGGUGUUCGACAGAUCAACGAGUUUGACGAUGAGCUGGCCCGCCUGAACGAGCUCAAGCGACAGAACCUCCACCUCUUUGUCGAGGAUGCGCGCUGCAAGCUCCAAGAGCUCUGGGAUGCUUUGUACAUGUCCGAGGACGAGAUGCUUGAGUUCACCCCGGCCUUUUCUGACGUGUACAGCGAUGCGCUUCUCGAGGCCCACGAGCGCGAGAUCACAAGGCUGGAGGUCCUAAAGGAACAACGGGCCCCGAUGCUGGCUCUUAUGGAGAGACACCGGACCCUGGUCUCGGAGCGGGACGAGCUAGCUGCUGCAAGCCAGGACGCCUCGCGGCUGAUGAUGAAGCCACAGAAGGGCGAGAAGCGUGACCCCGGGAAGCUGCUGCGAGAGGAGAAGAUGAGGAAGAGGAUCGCCAAGGAGCUGCCGAAGGUGACAGCUGAUCUGCGCAAGGCUUUGGAGCAGUGGGAAGACGAGUGGGGUCGCCCAUUCUACGUCCACGGCGAAAGGUACUUGGACAUCAUCGAAACCGAUAGCUCCAAUAGGGCAACCCCGGGGCCCCGGUCGAGAACUCCGGCGAACACCUCCAUGCCAUCGAAAGCUAACAGCGUGACCAAGUCGGCACCGCCUGUCAGCAGGUCCAACAGCGCUAUUAGCAACAGCCGCUCGCAGGCGCCCAGCCGGGCUGGGGCGAAGACGCCAACCGAAAAGUUCAAUUCCCUUCCAACCAAGUGGUCAAAACCACUGGGCCCUCAGACGACCAUCAACACAAAGGGCAGCCCGACACGGAUCCCAGCGCGCGCUCCGCUGUCCAACUUGAAGCACGCCAACUACUCCCCGGACAAGCCCAGGCAAGAGAUGGAGAAGCCUGACCUCGCCAGGCGGGGAACGGUCCCCGUGAUGAGGGCUCCGCCACCCAAAAUGAGAGACCUUGUCUCAGUGCCAGAGACGGAGACGGAGGCGCCUGCCGGCUACUACUCGUCCUCCUCGGACCGAGGAUCGGGCAUCAUCCGGCACAUCGAACCCGAGGACGUGUACGAUGACCGGCCGAAGCAGCACAGCGGAGAGUAUGAGCGUCCAACCUCACAUCAUGAUUUCCGCGACUUCCCAGGCAAGGCCUCCCUCCGCAACCAUGACAGCGGUCCCCGGUAUGAGCGCUUUGCACAGUCGUACUCCCAGGCCCCGGGUCCCGCAAUCCGACAGAUCUCGAACCAAUCUAGUGACUCGAACGGGACUGUGGUGACAGGAUCGGAGAACUGGGAAACAUACGAUGAUAACUCGGAGCCGGAAGAGGACAUCCCGAUUGGCCAUUAUGCCAAGAUCCGGGCGGGAAGGACCGACUACGCCAUGGAGCCCCCGAGCAAGUUCAACGCGAGCCAACAGGCAAAGCGUCCACGAGGGAUUCCCCCAGCAAUGCAACAGCCGCAUGUGCUUGUAGAUGGCGACGGCAGACGAGUCUACUCUGGGAGCUCCGGCUGGACGGAUGAGGAUGUUUUCUAA